AUUUAGAAAGUGAUGGAAUAUGUUAAGUUCACGUCGUUCGUUGCAUGAAAAAACGACAUUUCGUUUUUCUCAUGAAAGUUUGUUACAACAACGACUUGUAGUUUAUAGGGCUUUCAGUCACAGAAAUUCUCAGCUGAUCUGUGAACUGAAAACCCAAGAACCACUACCAGUAACUCAGAAGGAAGGAAGAAGAUGAAGCAGAGUUAUUCAAAGCCCAAAAGAAGAGGCAGACAGUUCCCUUAAACCGCCAUGGAAAAUCACCGAUAAUUUGUAAAGGGAAGAGAUAUGUGAAGCCCUUAAAUUUUACCAGCGAAAUGGACAUUAAAGUUUGAAUUUUUUAGGCUUUUGGAAUUGGUACCGCCUAGACCAACAUCGAUGAUGAUCACACAACGAAAAGCCUUCCCGAAAUCCCUCCUCCUCAACUUCCUUCGCCUCUCAACGACCGAGUCAACUCACCCACCAUCAUUCUCGAAGCCUGGUCCGUCCCCAGUUAACCCAGCUCACCUCCUUCGCGUCUGCACCAUCCUCUACCAACAACAAGACUCGCCCGAGUCACGGCUCCACUCGAACCUAUCCGCCUCCGAGUUCCAACUCACCCACGAGUUCUUCCUUCAGGUCUGCAACAAGUUCCCUUACUCAUGGCGACCCGUUUACCGGUUCUUCGAGUUCACCCAAACUGACCCACUUUUCAAACACUCCUCGGUCUCCUUCAACAAGAUGCUCGACGUGAUUGGUCAGUCCCGGAACAUCGAUCUCUUUUGGGAAGUUCUUCACGAUAUGGGACGUCGUCGUUUGGUGAACGACAAGACUUUUAGGAUUGCACUGAAGACCUUGGCCGGGGCGAGGGAGUUGAAGAAGUGCGUCGAGUUUUUCCACGCCACGAAUGGUUACGGGUUUGAGUAUAGUCUGGGGACUUUGAACAAAGUGGUUGAGACUCUUUGUGGGGGUAAGCUCGUUGAUGAAGCUAAAUUCUUGGUUUCCAAGUUGAAUGAUUGGAUUAAGCCUGAUGGUGAUACCUACAAGUGUUUGAUAGAGGGUUUUUGCGAUGUGGGUAAUUUGAUUGAGGCUUCAAAGAUGUGGAAUUUGAUGGUGGAUGAAGGAUUCAAGCCUGAGAUUGAUGCCGUCGAGAAAAUGAUGGAGACCUUUUUCAAGUCGAAUCAAUUGGACGAAGCGCUGAAGCUUUUCCAGGCAAUGAGGUCUAAGAGGAUGGAAGAUUUGGGACUCUCAACUUAUAGGCUUGUGAUAUAUUGGAUGUGCAAACGGGACAAGGUUUCUCAAGCCUAUGUGGUGUUCGAAGAAAUGCGCCAAAGAGGGAUUCAAGCCGAUAACUCGACUUUGGGGUCACUAGUGUAUGGGCUUUUAGCUAGAGGUAGAGUGAGUAUGGCUUACAAGGUUGUGGAAGGAAUUGAGAAACCGGAUAUUAGUGUGUACCAUGGUUUGAUUAAGGGGCUUUUGAGAUUAAGAAGAGCAAGUGAAGCCACUCAAGUAUUCAGAUUAAUGAUAAACACAGGUUGUGAGCCUAUUAUGCAUACAUAUAUAAUGUUGUUGCAGGGACAUUUGGGAAAGAGAGGGAGGAAAGGAUCAGAUCCUCUUGUGAAUUUUGAUACAAUUUUUGUUGGUGGUUUGGUUAAGGCCGGAAAGUUAUUGGAAGCUACAAAGUAUGUUGAGAGAACAAUGAAGAGAGGAUUAGAGGUACCCAGAUUCGAUUAUAAUAAGUUUUUGCAGUACUACUCGAAUGAGGAAGGGGUUAUUAUGUUUGAGGAGGUGGGAAAAAAGUUGAGGGAGGUUGGUUUGGUUGAUUUGGCUGAUAUUUUUCAGAGAUAUGGGGAGAAAAUGGCUACUAGGGAUAGAAGAAGAACAAGAAGAAACAGAGCUGUUGAUUCAUGACAUGAGAUGAGAGGUCAUUUUAUGACUUUGAUGAGUUGAUGUGUAGAAUCUGUAAAGUUUGAUUCUUGUAAUGUUUUUAAGGAAAGACAUGAAUAAGAUCAUUUGUUUGGACUUGUGGCAAAAA